GUGAACUUUAGUAGAAAUACGAAAUGAAAACUUUCCUUGUACUAACUCUGGCGAUUGCCGCCGUUUCUGCUGGAACAAUCAAGCAGAAAACGAUUCAUCCCAAGGAUCAGACGAGCAAAAUCGAGGGAAGGAUUACCAAUGGCUAUCCCGCCUACGAGGGUAAGGCCCCCUAUACAGUUGGUUUGGGCUUCUCGAGCAAUGGAGCUGGUUGGUGGUGCGGAGGUUCCAUUAUUGCCAGCGAUUGGGUCCUAACUGCUGCCCAUUGCACGAACAAUGGAGAACGCGUGAUUGUCUAUUACGGAGCCACCUGGCGUACCGAUGCCCAGUUCACUCACACUGUCAGCGGCAGCGACUUUAUCCAAAGUCCCGAUUGGCCCAAUGUGAAUGGCAAUGAUAUUGCUCUGAUUCGUACUCCUCAUGUGGAUUUCUAUUCCAUGGUCAACAAGGUGGAGUUGCCAAGCUUUAAUGACCGUUACAACAUGUACGCUGGCUGGUGGGCGGUGGCCUGCGGAUGGGGUGGCAUUUACGAUGGCAGCCCACAGCCCGAUUGGCUGCAGUGCGUCGACUUGCAGAUCAUUAGCAACGAGCAGUGCUCUCAGACUUACGGCACUCAACCUGAGGCAAUUCUUUGUGUGGCCACUCCUGAUGGCAAAUCCACUUGCAGUGGUGAUUCUGGUGGCCCAUUGGUCUUGCAGGAUGAUGCUAAAUUGGUUGGUGUCACUUCCUGGGUAUCUGGUAAUGGUUGCCAAUCUGGUGAUCCUUCUGGUUUUACCAGAGUUACUUCCCACCUUGAAUGGAUCCGUGAUAACACUGGAAUUGCUUACUAUUAAAUGACAUUGAGA